AAACUCGAGCACGAAAGAGCCAAAGCUCGCCCUGAGGUCCAACAUCCUGACAACGAGAGGGCAGUGAGCGACCCAACAGUCUCCUCUUUUUCACCCACCCCCAUCACCGCUCCGGUAUAACUUGCAAAGGAGAAGCCGUGAGAGACACGAGGAUGAGGCAUCUGGACCGAAGACUGCUGAUCAGUCAGGGGGAGAAGCUGCGGAGUCGCUGGCUAAGCAGUCGUAAGAUAAUCGAGAGGGACGAGCGCCUUGGCGGUCACCACUUCAAGAGCCUCCCAGUCGUCCUGAGGCGCGCCGAGGGCGUCUACUGCUGGGACACCGAGGGCAAGCGCUACAUCGACCUCCUGGCGGGUUUCGCCACCGUCAGCCAGGGUCACUCCCACCCGAGACUCGUCGAGGCGAUGCGCGACCAGGUAGCUAAGCUCGCGCACACGUCGAGGGCCUUCUACACGGAGCCGCACGGCGAGCUCGCCGAGUACCUUACCGCAAUUACGGGCUACGAAAGGUUUCUGCCCAUGAACACCGGUGUCGAGGCAGGUGACACGGCCUUGAAAAUUGCGCGUCGUUGGGGCUACAGAACGAAGAAGAUCCCGAGCAACAAGGCAACGACGAUUUUCGCCAAGGGCAACUACUGGGGCCGAUCCCUUGCCGCCCUCUCCGCCUCCACGGAUCCCAACUGCUACCGGGACUUUGGACCGUACAUGCCCCUCUUCGACAGCGUAACGUUCGACGAUCUCGAAGCCCUCGAGCGCAAGCUCCAGGAGAAUCCAAACGUGUGCGCCUUCAUGGUCGAGCCGAUUCAGGGCGAAGCCGGUGUCGUCAUACCCUCGAAUGGGUACCUGAGGGGCGUCCGCGAGCUCUGCACCAAGUACAACGUCCUGCUAGUCGUUGACGAGGUACAGACGGGCCUCGGCCGUACGGGCAGGCGCCUCGCCGUUGAUCACGAGGCCGUGAAGCCAGAUUUGUUGGUCGUCGGCAAAGCUUUGUCCGGCGGAAUGUACCCGGUGUCCGGUGUCCUUGGCAGUAGCGAGAUGAUUUUAGCAUUAGAAACGGGUGUUCAUGGAAGUACAUUUGGUGGCAGUCCGUUAGGUCAACGAGUUGCUCUCGAAGCGUUGAAAAUUUUGGAGGAAGAGAAGCUAGCGGAAAAUGCUGCAAAAAUGGGCGAAAUUGUGAGGAAGGAACUUGAAAAAAUACCUAAAGAUAUUGCACUUGAAUUCAGAGGCCGAGGAUUAUUGGCUGGUCUUCAAUUGAAUCCAGAUUUUGCAAACGGAUGGGACAUUUGCGCGAAGCUAAUCAAUAAAGGACUACUAACGAGACCAGCUCAUAACUAUAUAAUAAGGAUUUCCCCACCCCUCGUCAUUAACGAGGAACAAAUCAGAGUUGCGCUAAAUAUUAUCACAUCAACGCUUCUUAGCCACAGAAAGACUUAGUAAAAUAACUUGUAAUACAAAUCUCUGAUAAUACAUCUUCAUAUUGUAACAACUUCAAUCGUCACCAAAUAUGGAGAGACAUAAUUUUUUUUUUAAUAAUUUACAUAUAUAAUUCAUAAUGUUUAUUGCUGAGAUAAUUCGUGUGCACGAAUUCUUAUAUGUUAUUUAUAAUUGAAAAGAUAAAAAAAAAAAUUA